UUCCCAUCACUUGAUAUUAAAUAAAACUAACAAACUGUUGUAUGCAAUUUGCAUUGUUUGGGUUUAAUAGACUAAAGUCAGUUUAAUUAAUAUAUGAAUUUAUUUAUAAUUUGAAAACAUAAUAUAUAACCGACUGACUAAUUGAAUAUCCGUAUCCAAAAUGUUUUGAUUCUAUUAAUAUGAAAAUUCAAUAUAAACACGCGUAAGGCAAGUGAAACGAAAAUGAGAGCGGGGUCGAAAGUCAAAUGAAACAGCUUCAUCUCAAAGAAGCUGCGUACUAUAUGCACCCAAAGCAUAAUAAGUAAUAACGGAAACUAACAAUGGCGCAACAUGCUCCACUGAGGAUUUUUUAUUUGAAGAGAAUUAAUCUAUUUGCUUGAGCUGCCGCCACAUUCUUCCCACUCUUAAAUCAAUAAACAACACGCCUAUCCCAACCACAACAUCAGUCUGCGAAUACUCCUCUCAGACAUUCUGACUAAAAGGAAGACACACGGAAAGCAGGUAGCUGAUGACAAUGGCCGUCAAUACCUGUUUUAGCUGCACUAAAUCCACAGUGCACACGAGUUGAUUUUUACCUGUUGCUAAUGACAAAAGGAAGGCCUGAAGAUGGACAAAGACACCAAAACGUCAAACGCUUCAAUGUUGCGGCUGGAUAACGAUUCGAUUCAGUCGACGAUGGCUUUGAGCAGAAAAGACAGUUCAAGCGAACAGAUCUUAACAGCAUUGAAGCAUUCACUCAUGGACUGUACAAGAAAUGAAGAUCCUAAAUCCCAACUGCUGUUUGUGUCAUCUAAUAUAUUGCCUCCCAGCACAGCCUCAAGGCCAAGCACUGGUUCACUGGCAAGCACACCAAAGAACUCAGGAUUCUCAAGGUCGCGCCUUCACAAUGGUUUCCAUCAAUCCAUGCCAUCUGUGCAUGGCCGGUCGCAUCAGAAUUUAGUCUUACCCUCAGCUGAGCUAGCCGAAAACCAAACAAUCAAUAGAUCUCCAAAACGAUUGCCGAAACAUCAAAGGAAUUUCAGCUUGGAUUCGAGAUCAAUGGGCAUAUUGCAGUCGCCAGUUUCUUCUUCGGUGAGCAGCACACGGGUUAACCAAACGCAACAUCAUCGCAAUCGCAGUCUCGACAGCUUCCUGCAACGCAUACCGGAGGUCGAGAGCUCAUCUCCCAAUGCCGAAUGUGAGAUUACAUUUAGUUCAAUUUCAACAAAAUUCGAUAGCAAAAUCUGCCCAAAAAUGGAAGCUGCUAAAGCUAAUGGUGCAGCCGCAAUUGCCAUAUCUCUGCCAAAUGCAGCUCAAGUGAUUGGAGGAGUUUCCAGUGCUCCGAUAGAGACAGAUUCGAUCACAUCUGCAGUGUCAGUACACUCACAGAGGGCCACGGGAAUUAUGGUUGAUUCUGGGCCCACUGAAUCGAAGAACUCAACAUCGUGUCCCCGGGAGACUAUCUAUGUAUGCAGCAGCACAGGCAACAACAAAAAGCGUGAAGAUUUGACGAGUCUUGGAUCGGAUGAUUCCGGCAUUUUAUGUGGCUCAGAGUCAGACCAAUUAUCGGUAAAUCGCAUAUGCCACUCUCAUGAGUCGCUCGAUCUGGGCGCAAUGGAUGUCAAUGUGAAUGCAGAUGGCGAUGUCGAAGCAGAGCAAACAACAACGCCCAUUGAUGCUGAUCGUAAGAGAAUAGAAUCGGAUCUUUGUUUCUUGUCUUCUACAAAAGUUGACGAAAUCGACUGCCGAACGCUGCAACCCACGCCUGAGUCGCAGCCGAUCAAAGCAGAUGAUCAAACGCGUUAUCGCGUAAUGAAUAUGUGUCAGGCGGCCAUUAACUUGGAGCUCGGUACGGCACCUAAUGAGAUAGAGCCGGUGAUGGAUGUGAACGAUGAGGAUGUCAUACCCACUUUGCCCACAUCACAAACUGUGUCCAAUAAUACACCACCUGCCGUUACGCCAUCAAAAACAGUUGAAGCACACACACCCUCUGAGAGCAGUAAAAAUGAGCAGGUGUUGUUUAAGUGUUUUUUCGGUGCUACUAAGAAUGCUAUUUUCCGCACGGCCCAAAGCAUCAUUGAGAACCAUGAAAAGAAAAAUGCAAUCAAGCAGAAAACGAGCGAACCUCUGGAAUCGUCCUCAUCUGCAAUCUGCACCCCAUCAAGUAGUGGAGGUCAAAUGUCGUCAGAUCUGGUCAAGUCGCCCACAGAGGUUUCCAAAAGGAAAGAGUUUUUCAGCUUACUAAGCUCCAAUUCCAGCAAAAAAGUAGCUGUGGCAGCUGUCAACCCUACCCCAAUCGAACUGACAACAGAGGUAGCGAAAACCAAUUUGUCUUCUAAGGGCGUGCAGAUGAAGAGACCUGUGCUUACAGACCCUCAAGCAGCAGCGAAAAAUGAGAAGACGGCGAGUUCAUCGAAAAGCUCGCUGCAGCAAGUGAAGGUUCCUGUGCCAGGUGUAGUGAAAUAUAUUAACGAUCAGCCACCCGCCGUCGAUGCGCCGCAGCAAAGCUACGAACGAGGUCCGAGCGGCUUGUUGCGCUUUUUUGAAUCUCCUGUUUUCAAUAUUCACUUCGCCGUGCAUUACUUGUUCUACUCAAAGGAACCAGGUGUUCUGAGCUUCAUUGGCAACAAGAUCUUCAGCUUUUCUGACCAGGAGGUGGACCUAUAUAUACCACAGUUGAUCGUGAUGUACAUUGAAAUGGAUGAGCUUGCUGAAGUGCUUGAUCCCUAUCUCACAACUCGGUGCCGAAAGUCUGUUGAUUUUUCGCUUAAGUGCCUGUGGCUUUUGGAGGCAUACAAUCAUCAGGUUGACUCGUUGGGUAGCUGCAAUAAAGGGCGCAAAUCCAAGCUGUCUCUCAUGAAGGAAAUUUUCACCAAGAAGGAGAGCAAGCCCCAAGUCAAAUCACAGCAAAGCCCGUCUGUUUCCUUGGUCAAGAAAACGCAUUAUCGCUCGCAGUCAGAUGCCACAGUGCUCUUAGUCGAUUCUAACAACCUACAUUCAAACAACAUGGCGCAUCGAAUAUCCACAGCACCCGCAAAGUUAUGCUUGGGCGAUCUCAGCUCGGGUCGUGCCUUCGACAAUGGCUGCACAUGUUUUCAAACUGUGCGUGGACAGGUUAAUGGCUUACUGGGUCAUCGCACCUUUUGCAAUUGCGGCGCACCAAAGACUUCGCCGCAAAAGGAGUUCAUGAAGGCGCUAAUCAAUGCGGGCAAGAAUUUAACGUCCUUGUCCUCGAAGGCAGAGAAGACAUCAGCGCUGCGUAUGUUUCUCAAUUUGAUUAACAAAAAUCUGCCAGCUCGUGUCUGGCUGCCGCUCUACUCGGAUAUUCCGCAUCAUGUGGUGCGCAUCACAGAGGAAAAGACUGCUGUAUUAAAUUCGAAGGAUAAAACCCCGUACAUCAUAUACGUAGAAGUAGUCGAAGUAGACGACAUCUACACCUCGCCGCUCAUUCAAAAGAUGAUGCCGUCGCUGCGGCAUACCAAGAGUGAGGAGCACUUGGAGGGCGUUUGUCUGAACUCCCAACACCACUGCAACAGCGACAGUCAUCAGGGCUCCAGUUGCCGACGCAAAAAGGGCACCGAAUCGUCGUCAUCAAACACAGACAGCGGUUGUGGGGAGCCAGCAGUCCACAGUUGUUGCUGUAGUGGGAACCCGAGCAAUCAGCUGUCACUGGGUGGACUACAACUGAAUUCAGAUGAUGCCUGGUCCCAGGAAGAUGAUGACAUCACGGCGCCAUACUUGAACAUGCGUAAAAUCAGCGAACGUGACUCAAUUUCGCAGAUGUCGUUAGAUUCGUGCGACUCGAGGGACCAAGGUCCGCCAGUUGUGUUUAACAUUGGUGAUGUUCGCACUCGGCACUGUAAAAAUUUGAGUUGCGAGAACACGAAGCCGUUCAGCAAUGAUCCCGAGGAUCCAUCUGCAGCUGCCCUGAAGGAGCCCUGGCAUGAGAAGGAGAAGCUCAUACGCGAGUCCUCGCCCUAUGGCCAUUUAUCAAAUUGGCGUCUUUUAUCCGCCAUCGUGAAGUGUGGCGAUGACUUGCGGCAAGAACUGAUGGCUACUCAGCUAUUGCAGAUGUUUAAAAUCAUUUGGCUGGAGGAAAACGUGGAUCUGUGGGUGCGGCCGUAUAAAAUAAUAUGUCUAUCGAAUGACAGUGGUUUGAUUGAGCCCAUUUUGAACACGGUUUCAUUGCAUCAAAUCAAAAAGAACUCAAACAAAUCAUUGCGGGAUUAUUUUAUUGGCGAAUAUGGAGCAGCAACAGGCGAAAGAUUUUGUCAAGCCCAAAAGAAUUUUGUUCAAAGUUGUGCGGCAUAUUGUCUGAUAUCUUAUCUGCUGCAGGUUAAGGAUAGACAUAAUGGUAACAUACUCUUACAUUCUGAUGGCCAUAUAAUACACAUAGACUUCGGUUUUAUUCUCAGCAUAUCCCCCAAGAACUUGGGUUUUGAGCAGUCGCCUUUUAAGCUUACGCAUGAAUUUGUGGAUGUAAUGGGCGGCACAGACUCCGAGCAUUGGCGAGAGUUCAAUCGCUUGCUGCUCGUAGGCAUGAUGUCUGUGCGCAAGCACAUGGAUCGUAUCAUAAACUUGGUGGAAAUCAUGCGAAGCAAUGCGCAUUUGCCCUGCUUUAAGAACGGCUGCUCCGGUACCGUACAGAAUCUCCGCAAACGCUUUCAUAUGAACUUAACUGAGCAGGAAAUGGAACGCAAGGUGGAGCAGCUUGUGCAGGACUCGCUGAAAAGUCUCUCAACUAAACUGUAUGAUGGAUAUCAAUAUUAUACGAAUGGCAUAUUGUGAAAAUGGUUUCUGUAACCGGAUUGGAUUGAUCAGGAAUAUGCUAAUAUGAUACACCAAACCUAUGGACUGUUAAAAACAAAUAUUUUAAUUUUAUAUGUACACAUUUGAAUGAAUAUUUAUAUAUAUAUAUAUAUAUAUACAAAUUAAUAAUCUAUAUUAAUUUAUAUAUAAAUACAUUUGCAUUCAGAGUAUAUGAGCAAAAAGAAUGCCAAAAAUUAAUAUUGCACCUAUUAUCACCUGUUAUUUAAUCCAGACUCGUUAAAUAUCCAUAUUGGCACUGUUAUUAUAACUAAUUAAUAAUAUGAUAAUAUCUUAGAGUAGUCAAUGUUGUCUAACUUAUAAGCAAAAGUGUAAAUGUAUUUGACUCCUAUCUCUUUGUCGUGUCUUCUGUCGAUCCUAUAUUGCAUCUGGCCAUCCAAAUAAUCAACGAUAAGUAAAUAUAUUUAGGAUCAUCAAUCUGUAAUUAUUAAAUUUGCUAAAGCGCUAUGCAUAUUAAUUUUUUAAGAAACUAUAAACUAUUUUUUAAUUGUUCACUCAACAAUUUACUAACUACAUUCGAUAAAUUUACUGAAAAUUCUUGUUAAAAUGAAUUCUAAAAUUUGAAAAUAAUAGCUUUUGUAUUUUACUUAUAGUAAAACUAUCAAGGGUGCCGCAUAUAUAAAUCUCUGUUUGCUUUCGAAUUUAUAUAAUCGAAACAAUGUUUUUUACAAUUACUGGCAUUAGUCUGCCAAAAACUUAAAGAAGAGAGAAGUAUUUGAAGCUUACAUUGAAAAUUUGUUGUAUGUUGAACCAAUAAUAUUGUAUAGCUUUUGUGCAUAACGUAAAUAUAAGCAUUAUGUAUAUGAAUACUAUAUAUACACAUGUUUAUAUCAUAUAAGAAAGCUUUAAUAAACUCAAUAAUUAACGAAAAUA